UAUUUCAUGAACGAUUCCGCUCAGCCGUUGAGUCAUUUUGCAACGGAAGCGAAGAAGUCUCGAAGCUGCUAAUAUGAUCGCUCGCACUGCUCUCAAGCGCUCCCUGGGCGUGUUUUCCCGCCCGGCCGCCAAUGUGGCUGCCCCUGCCUUCGGACAGUCCCGCAUGUACCACGAGAACGUGAUUGAUCACUACGAGAACCCGCGCAACGUUGGUGCCAUGGACAAGAACGCCAAGGACGUCGGCACUGGUCUCGUGGGCGCCCCUGCUUGCGGCGAUGUGAUGAAGCUGCAGAUCCAGGUGGAUGAGAACGGAACGAUUGUGGACUCUAAGUUCAAGACUUUUGGUUGUGGCUCGGCCAUCGCGUCUUCGUCGGUGGCCACCGAGUGGCUCAAGGGCAAGUCGGUGGAGGAUUGCCUCAAGAUCAAAAACACGGACAUCGCAUCGCACCUGAAACUGCCGCCCGUCAAGCUGCACUGCAGCAUGCUGGCAGAGGACGCCAUCAAGGCCGCUAUCUCGGACUACAAGCGCAAGCAGACCGCAUCGGCCUAAGAUGGCACAGUAAAGCAACAGUCUUGUCGCCGCCAUGCUCACCGAUAUGCUCGUUGAGGCAAAUUGGCGCUUGGUGUGGGCGUAGCUUGGCUCACAUCGAGAAGACAGGUCAAAGAAAAGCAUACAGUAUUGCAGGAGAGCGAGGAAGCUGUGAAUUAAUCAGUUGCUAAUUUAUUGCGUGCCACCAUCUAAAGUCGUGCUGUAAGUCCUUACUCUUUUGCCGGGCAGUGUCAUUUCCUACUGCUAUCACUAGCACAAGCGCUGCGAUGAAACUAUACAUGAGUUUCAGUUCACGCUCUAGCCCUCGAACACUAUCCAUCCAUAAGAUACAAGUUUGUAAUGCUGUUGAAGAUUGAGCAGCCCAGAAAGAUUGAAGCAAACAUUAAUCCACGAUAUACGUGUAGCCUAGCAUGCCCUA